AUGGUGGAUACUGAUAGGAGUCAGGCAUUAAAACUGCUGUUGCUUGGCCUGACAAUGGUAAUUACGGGAUCAGCUAAUACUAUUGCAGCAAAAUGGGCUGAUAGCAUGAAGGCGGAUAACAGACAUUUCAACCAUCCAUUUGUUCAGGCAAUCUGCAUGUUUAUCGGUGAACUGUCAUGCUUGUUUGUUUAUAUCAUUGCACGCUACAUUCAAAAUCAUCGCGAUCAAACAUCAUCAUAUAGUGAUGAAGGCAGUGAAAGCGGUAUACCCAGAUAUAUUUCAGAAAAAAAUCCUUUGAAACUUAAUCCUUAUGUAUUCGCUGUACCAGCAUUUUGUGAUGUUCUUGCAACCUCGAUAAUGUAUAUUAGCUUAAAUCUUACGCAGGUUUCAUCAUUCCAGAUGUUAAGAGGCGCUGUGAUAAUAUUCACUGGUCUUUUUUCGGUUGCUUUUUUAAAAUCAUAUCUACAAGCUUUUCGUUGGUUAGGUAUGGGCCUUAUUACUGUUGGUCUUGUUAUUGUCGGAAUGAGCGAUAUUUUUGAUGAAAACUCUAAACGUGAUAUCAAUGGAAUUAUUACAGGCGAUUUGCUGAUCAUUAUUGCUCAAAUUAUAGUGUCAAUUCAGAUGGUUGUUGAACAAAAAAUCAUCACUGAAUCCAAUGCGCCACCUUUACUUGUUGUUGGUUUAGAAGGUUUCUUCGGCCUAACAAUUCUGACAUUUUUAUUGUUUCCAAUGUAUUACAUAAAAGUGCCGUCCAUUUUUUCAACAAAUCCAUAUCAUCGACUAGAGGAUGUAUUCGAUACAUUUAGAGAAGUAAAAAGUAAUCCAUUGAUUGGAUAUGCACUGCUGCUUACUGUAAUUAGCACUGCAUUUUUCAAUUUUGCUGGUAUUUCUGUCACCAAACAACUGUCAGCGACUACAAGGAUGGUACUUGACAGCGUUCGAAUUCUUUUAGUUUGGCUGGUUUCAAUUCCACUUUUUGGCGAGCAUUUCAUCCCCAUGCAACUACUUGGGUUUACACUGCUAAUUUUUGGAAUGUUUGUUUAUAAUGAUAUCUUUUUUGGACCUUAUUUACGUCAGAAAGUAUUGCCUCUUGUUAGAAAUAAUCAGUUGGCUGGUUGCUGUAUAUCAUUUUGGGGAGUCGAAUUGGUUACUACUGAUUGCAAUGUGCUAGUUGAAGAUAGUAAUGAACAAUAA